AAAUAUUUUGUAUUUAGUCACUUUGAGCGGCUGUAGUUUAAAUAUUUGAUCAGUAUGAAUUGAGUUAACUGCCAUCUGUGAGAUGACAGAAUUUGUUUAGAAUAGAAAAAACUUGAAUAUUUUGGGUGUCACUUUAGUAGGUGCAAGAUUGAAUAACUGCUGACUAUUAGUAAAUCGAUAUCUAUCAUCGCUACGCAGCUGUUGGUAUUUCUCAAAUUACUGAACAAUAAUUGCAAAAUUUAUUUGUAAAUAAAGUUAAUUGGUCCAUAAUUUUCCGUGAUCAUAGUGUAGAUACGCAACAAAGUUGGAGCAAAAUAAAUUUAUCCAAAUUUAUUGAGUAAAUAAUAAGCGACAUCGCGUUGUCAUUCAAGAUCAGCGGACAAAAGCGUAUAUGAAAAGAGUCAACCAGAAUUUGUUUUAUAUUUUAAUUUUAUCUUAACAUAAUAAAUCAUGUCAAAAUAAAUACGAAAGGUGCUAUAACACCUAAUGUAGAUGAAGAUAUCAAAAGUACGUAGACAGUGGUACAGUUUUCUCGUCUGCCAUUUUCGUUAUUUUCUAACGAGAUCGAAGUGUUAGCGGACGUGUCGCACAUUUAUUCUCAAAUAAAAUACAAAGAAUCUCAUAAAUAGUAUAUAGAAGUGUGGGUGCAAUAUUAUUAAAUGUACUAAGAAUCAGAACAACAUGUCUACAUUAGAGAACCAAGCACCUUUUCGGAAAACUUCAAGAAUAGAAGAACCAGUGGAGUCUCAAUUCAAUGGAUCCACUGAAUUUAUAUUGAUAACGGAUCAUCAAACAACAUUGCAUAAAAGUUUAGAACAACUAGAAACAAAAACCGAAACCAGCUGUUGCAAAGCAUACGUCAAAAAUGUUUUCCGCAAAAAAACUUUGUAUAAACGAUUUCCUAUUUUGCAAUGGCUACCAAAUUACACAACUACCGACGCAAUCGGAGAUCUGAUAGCGGGAAUAACAGUAGGGCUGACAGUUAUCCCGCAGGGAUUAGCUUACGCUGGAGUUGCAGGCUUACCAUCAGAGUAUGGACUCUAUGGAUCUUUUAUGGGCUGUUUUGUAUAUGUUUUGCUUGGCACUUGUAAGGACUCCACCAUUGGCUCUACUGCGAUAGCUUCCUUGCUUGUUUAUCAAAUCGCACAAGGAGUUUGGCAACGAGCAGUGUUACUCACAUUCAUUACUGGCAUUAUAGAAAUUUUUAUGGCUAUAUUUAAGUUGGGAUUUCUUGUAGAAUUCGUGUCGGGACCAGUAAGUGCUGGUUUUACAAGUGCAGUGGCUUUAAUAAUAAGCACAUCACAAAUUAAGAGCAUGCUAGGUGUUAAAAGUGGAGGCACUACAUUUCUUGAGCGCUGGAUAACUAUUAUAAGAAACAUUCGUAAUAUUCGAGUUCCUGAUACGUUGCUUGGCAUUAGCUGCGUUCUGAUAUUAAUUGUGAUGCGUUCUAUCGGUCGAAUUAAAAUGGCGCCUAAGGUGUUGAAAUGGUACCAUAAGUUCAUAAAUAAAUCGCUAUGGUUCCUGGGUGUAACACGUAACGCAUCAUUAGUUAUUCUUUGUACUGUAAUUGUUUCUAAAUUAGAAAAAGAAAACAAUCAUUACUUUCGUUUGACUGGCCAUGUGCCAUUGGGCUUGCCUGAGUUUGGUUUACCACCAUUCUCUAUUAAUUCUGUACCUGCGAAUGUUACCUUUGAAAAUGAAGAAGUCAAGGGCGAAACAUUUAUGGAAAUGAUUAAUAGUUUAGGUUACGGUCUAAUUAUUGUACCACUAAUUGCGUUACUAGAAAACAUUGCUGUUUGUAAAGCUUUUGCAAAGGGAAAGCCUAUUGACGCUACCCAGGAAUUAUUUGCGAUUGGUGUAUCUAAUAUUGCGAAUUCACUUUGUAAAGGAUACCGUGCGAACGGUGGUUUGGCACGAUCAGCUGUAAAUAAUGCCAGUGGUGUACGCACUCCCAUGGGAAACCUAUACAUAGGACUUGUUGUAGUUGUAGCACUAAUGUAUUUAACCGAAUACUUUUAUUACAUUCCAAAAGCAGUGCUUGCCGCUAUUAUUAUAUCAGCAGUUAUUUUCCAACUACAAUAUCAUGUUAUCGUGCCAAUGUGGCGGAGCAAGCGUUCUGAUCUGAUUCCGGGUUUCGUGGCCUUCAUAGCUUGUUUAGUUUUGCCGUUGGAAAUUGGCAUUUUAGUUGCUAUCGGCGUAAAUUUGCUGUUUAUUCUGUACCAUUCGGCUAGACCUAAGGUGUCACUGGAAACAUUAGAAACCAAUGAUGGCUUGAAAUUUUUGAAACUGACACCUGAUCGGUGUCUUAUAUUUCCAUCAGUUGAAAGUGUGCGUAAUCUUGUUAUUAAAUCCGGUAUAAAGACAACAUUACCCGUUGUUAUUGACUGUACUUAUAUUUAUGGAGCUGAUUUUACCGCUGCCAAGGUAAUCUCUUCAAUGAUUGAAGACUUCAAUAAACGUGAUCAAAAAAUAAUUUUCUUUAACUUGAAACCAAGUGUGGUUCAGAUUUUUGAAGGCCUCAAUACGAAGUUGAAGCUAUGUUAUAAUAUACAUGCACUAUCGCAAGAACUUAAAGCAGGAACGGAACCUAUUAACUUACCCGAAACAAUUGUAAUUGAAGGCGAAACAACAAGUCCGUGCAACGGUGGGAUUGAUUUAACCAAACUGUAAUAAUUUAGUAAUUGCGUAAAAGAAUAGAUAUUAAUAAUAAUACAGUAUAUAUGCAUGUAUUAUAAAUUAUUUAUUAUUUCAAAUUUCGAAGAUAUUGCGCAUAAUUGGUAAAAUAACAAGCGUUAGUAAAAUACAAAAAUAACGACAACUAUUGAUAAAUAGGAAAAAGAAUGCAACUUUUGCUUUAAUGAUGUGAAGGACAUAUUGCAUUUAAUUUCAGAGUUAUUGAUUACAACGUUGUUAAAUAAAUAAUACUGUAACACUGUAAAUAAAGCGCACCUUAAAACUGACAAUACAUAUUUUGUACA